CACCAUAUAACAUCGUUACCUUGAUGUUUUAUAUAUAUUAUACUAAAAAUAUAAUUGAAAAAAUUUUAAUAGUUUCAUAAAGGUAAUUAAAAGUUAAAGUUAUUUAAAAGAAAUAAAAAUUCUGAAGGAACGUAAGAUGUUAUCUUAAGUAUUUCAUGUAAUAAUUUGUUUUGAUUCGAUUUAAUAAUUUUGUUUACCCAAAAUAAGUUUUGGUAAAUUGAUGAUAGUUUGAAGAGUUAUUUUAAACUAAUAAAAUUAAAAAGUAUCGUAAAAACAAAAAACUGUUAUGUUUAUUUACAUAUUAAUAAAUCUGUGUUAAUGUGAGACAUAAAUGUUUGAAAAUAUAUACACUUUCAAAAAAUUAUUUUAACAGAUAUCUACUGUUUAUCAUAUUGAUAAAUUGGUAGUACAAUGUUAUAAAUAAAACUACAUUUAUUGUUACAUUUAAAAUAUAAAUUAAUAAAGAAAUUUUGAACUAUAACAUUCUGCAUCAAAUAUAUAUACAAGGGAAGUGAUACCAGUUUUCUGAAAAGUGCUUCAGAGUAUAAAAAGAAUCUGUUUUUGUAAUUUGCCAAACACCUAUAAAAUACUGAUAUACGGAUAAAAAAUUUACAAAAUUUUCUAAGAUGGGGACAGUAUUAAGUAUUAACCCAAAGGACCGUAACAAUCCAAUUUAUUCUGGCCAACAUUAUUUUCAAUAUAAUCAACAAGCGGAAAUUAAAAAUGAUAUUAAUAAUGAAAGUAUUCACUUAACAGAUUCUCAGCUAAAUAACUUUUCAUAUGAACAAUUAAAUAAUGCUAAAAAUCGUGAAAAUAAAAAAGUUCAUUGCCCUACAUUUCCAAAAAAUGGAAACAGCCACAGUCAUAAUGUUAAACUUACUAACAUAAAUUCUAAUAAUAUUCAUCAUAUUAACAGUGCUAAGGAUACUAUAAACAAUGAUCUUGACUUUCAUAAUGAAAAUUCGGUUAUUUUAUCAGAAAAAGGAAAUAUUGAAAAACAUUUAAAAAAGCAUUCAAUUUUUAUGAAUGCUUUAUCGUGGAAAAAAAUUUCAUCUCAUAGUCGGAAAAAAAUGGAUUAUAAAUCGAAAUGUUCCAACUUGCCAACUGGAAACUUAAAGACCCAACUUAUUGACUCUAAUUAUUCUACUGUUGGGGAUAAAAAUAAAAAUACCCAACAUAAUUGCAACUACAUUGAUGACCAUCAAAACAUCAAUAUAGAGAACCACGAUUCGUGUUUGCAAUAUUUGUCUUCAAAAGAGAAAAAUAAAAACAAUUUAGAUAUCGUCAAAGUAAAUAAUACUAAUAGUAUUUCAACACACAACAAACUAGUACAAAAGCAGCCAUUAACAAUAUCUCUACCAACACAACUGCAGUCUACAGCGUUACCAACAAAAAUAAAUAAUAAUGGACCCAGAAAAACUGUUAUACAGGCUUCAACUUCCGAAUUACUUAAAUGCUUGGGAAUAUUUUUACAUUACCGUUGUAAAAAAUUGCGGAAUUUUGAAGCUGGCGACGCUGUCAUGUGGCUCAGAACAGUGGAUAGAAGCCUUUUAUUACAAGGAUGGCAGGACGUGGCUUUCAUUAAUCCUGCAAACGUUGUAUUUGUCUAUAUGCUUGUUCGAGAAUUGGUCAAUGGAGAGGAAACAAAAGAAUCUGAUCUACAAGCCGCAGUUCUAACAUGUCUAUACUUAUCAUAUUCGUAUAUGGGAAAUGAAAUUAGCUAUCCACUAAAACCAUUUCUAGUAGAAGACUCAAAGGAAAAAUUUUGGGACAGAUGCCUUGUUAUUGUUAACCGUUUAAGUAAUAAAAUGCUGAAAAUUAACGCUGAGCCCGGAUUUUUUACAGAAGUUUUUACAGAAUUAAAAUCGUGUGGGCAACUUAUAAAUAUUACAAAUAGUUCUCUAAGUUGUGGCGCUGCUUGACGUAUUACAGGACCAAAUAUUAUUAUAAAGUUUUCACUAUCAGCACAACAUCAUUAUCAUCAUAAUGGAAAAACAAUCAAAAUAUUGUAAUACAUGUGAAAAAAAAUUUCGGCAAUAUACUUAUAUAAAAAUAAACUUUUAGAUAAUAAAUAAAAUUUGAAACUGAUUAUAUUAAAUAUCUCUAAAUAGUAAAUAUAAAUAAACGAAGUUGGACCGACUAAAAUAAAAUAG